UAGUAUUUCCCGGGAGUCGACCAUGGUCAAAAAUUGAUCCGAAGAGAGCAAGAACUUUACUUGAGAAUUGUAACACUACGCACUAGGUAUGUCCACUGGACGAUUUGUUUCGUCCGCCUCGAUCGGCAGCACCAGCACGUCCUCCAGCACCCAGAUUUCGGCCAACGUGCCCAUCUCCAAUACGGCCAACAAGUGGAAACGUGAAAGCGAUUGCGAUGAGUUUGUUGGAGCACGCCGCUCCAAGCACACUGUGGUGGCCUACAAAGAGGCCAUCUACGUGUUCGGUGGUGAUAAUGGCAAAAAUAUGCUUAACGAUUUGAUACGGUUCGGCGUAAAGGAUAAGUCGUGGGGACGUGCAUUCGCGACUGGGACACCGCCCGCCCCAAGGUAUCAUCAUUCGGCCGUUGUCCACGGCACAUCGAUGUUCGUAUUUGGCGGGUACACCGGGGACAUCCACUCGAACUCGAACCUGACGAACAAGAACGAUCUGUUCGAGUAUAACUUCCAGAACGGUCAGUGGACGGAGUGGAAGUUUAUCGGACGUACGCCGGUGGCCAGAAGUGCCCAUGGGGCCGCGGUUUACGAUGGGAAGCUGUGGAUCUAUGCUGGCUAUGAUGGUAACGCUCGACUGAACGAUAUGUGGACAAUACGACUUACGGGAGAAACGCACCAAUGGGAAGAAGUAGAACAGAAAGGCGACCGGCCACCAACGUGUUGCAAUUUUCCCGUUGCCGUUGCCCGUGGCUGUAUGUACGUGUUUUCCGGCCAAAGUGGUCUCCAAAUCACAAACACUCUAUUCCAGUUUAACUUCAAAGAUAAAACCUGGCGAAGAAUAUCUACGGAACACAUCCUUCGUGGUGCCCCACCACCCCCAGCUCGACGGUAUGGCCACACGAUGGUGCAUCACGAUCGAUUUUUGUACGUGUUCGGCGGUGCGGCCGACUCGACCCUUCCGAACGAUCUGCACUGCUAUGAUCUGGACAGUCAAAUAUGGUCCACCGUAACUCCGGCACCGGAAUCUCAAAUUCCCAGUGGACGCCUGUUCCACGCGGCCGCCGUAAUCGGGGACGCGAUGUACAUUUUCGGUGGGACCAUUGAUAACAACGUCCGCAGCGGGGAUACGUACCGGUUCCAGUUCUCGAGCUACCCGAAAUGUACGCUGCACGACGACUUUGGAAAGUUUCUUCAGAACCGUCAGUUUUGCGAUGUCCAGUUCAUCGUUGGGACGGAGGAGGUGAAAAUCUCGGCCCAUAUUGCCAUGAUAGUGGCACGGUCACAAUUUUUGAGAUCGAAAAUUCUGGCUGCACGAGAUGCAAGGAAUUUACAUUUUGAAAAACUCUUCGGAACCACUGACGUACCAUUGGCGGAGCAGCCAAUUUUGGAGGUACAACUACCGGACGCACAACCGGAAGCGUUUGAAAUUGUGCUUAACUACAUCUACACCGACAGAAUUGUUUUUAAAGACCCUUUUAGUCAUAAGUUAGUGCUGAUCAUGAUGGACGUCUACCAGUUGGCGGUCCAGUUCAACAUUCCUCGGCUGGAGCAGCUUUGCGUGCAGUAUCUCGAGUUCAAGAUCUCCAAAUCAAACGUGCUGGAUGCACUUUACAACGCAGACCGGAUGGGUCUGACGCUCAUCAAGGACUACUGUCUCGGGUUUAUCGUAAAGGAGGAUCAUUUCUACAACAUCGUCAUGUCGGCCGAGUUUGCGGCCCUCGAGAAGUCCCUGAUCGUCGAGAUUAUCCGCAAGCGUCUCAACCCGAGCAAACAUACGGCCGACUGUAUGCGGUACGACAAAACGAUCGGCACCACGCUCGAAAGCGACAUGGCGGUAUUUCUGAAAUCGGGCGGCAAAGAGUUUUGCGACAUCAAUCUGGUGCUGGAGGAGAAGGUCAUUCCGGCGCACAAGUCGAUCCUGGCGGCCCGCUGUACCUACUUCCAGGCCAUGUUCCGCUCGUUCAUGCCGGCCGACAAUACGGUCAACAUACAGAUCGGAGACAUUUCGCCCUCGCUCGAGGCGUUCGAUUCGCUGCUACGGUAUAUUUACUACGGUGACACCAAGAUGCCGCCGGAGGACUCGCUCUAUCUCUUCCAAGCGCCCUGCUUCUACGGGUUCGCGAAUAACCGGCUGCAGGCGUUCUGCAAGCACAACCUGGAGAACAACAUCACCUAUGACAAUGUGCUGCAGAUACUGGAGGCUUCCGAUAAGAUGAACGUGCUGGACAUCAAGAAUUACGCCCUCAAGAUGGUGGUGCACAACUUUAGCCAGGUGGCGAAGCUCCCGAAGAUGCAGGACCUCUCUCGGGAGCUACUGCUGGACGUGAUAAUGGCAAUCGCCGACAUGAAGGUCGAGAACAAGCAACGCAUCCACGAAGCGUUCAUCAGCCAGUACAACGAUAUCUGAACCGUUUUGCGCAACUGUUUGCGACCCUGCUCCGCCCGGACUGUGCUCAGUAUUUUACUCCUACUCGCCUAACUUCGUAGUGCAAUGAAGUAGUAUAACAAAACUAAUGUUACGCACCUGUACGUUGACUCUAUGAAAGCUAAUAAAAGUCUAUCGAUGUUCAU